GACUAUGAGAAAAUGGUCGGGCAAACGAGGAAUAAGCUCAAAGAAGCGGCCUCAGAGCCGUCGCACUCUCCCCGCUCCACGCAGUCUAGGCGGCGGCGGCGCCGGGCCACCGGAGCCGGGGAGCCGGAGUUGGACGAGGAGCCGAAGGAGGAGGUGAAAAAGCCGGAGCGGCCUUUGCCCGCAUGCGGGGGGAACCUGCCAGGGGGCGCCUGGGAGUACUCGCCGCGGAGGACCCGAAACCUGAACGCGCAGAAUUGCCUGCAAAUGGAGGUGGUCGCAAGGACCGUUCUUCUCGGCCGCUUUCAAUUCCUCAGCUGUUUCAUGGAGCAGCUCCGCAACAAGAUGCAUGUAUUGCGGAGAUGUCAGUUCACGGGCAGGAUGACCCUCGGCAUAGCUGCCUUUGUGGCAAUUUUGCACUGGAUACAUUUAAUAACGCUUUUUGAAAAUGAUCGUCAUUUUUCUCACCUCUCAUCCUUGGAACGGGAGAUGACUUUUCGCACUGAAAUGGGACUUUAUUAUUCCUACUUCAAAACCAUUAUUGAAGCACCUUCAUUUUUGGAAGGACUGUGGAUGAUUAUGAAUGACAGGCUCACUGAAUAUCCCCUUGUAAUUAAUACAGUGAAACGCUUCCAUCUUUAUCCAGAGGUGAUUAUAGCCUUCUGGUAUCGCAUAUUUGUGGGAAUAAUGAAUUUAUUUGGACUGGAAACAAAGACCUGCUGGAAUGUGACCAGAGUAGAACCGCUAAAUGAAGUUCAAAGCUGUGAAGGAUUGGGAGACCCUGCUUGCUUUUAUGUUGGUGUGAUUUUUAUUUUAAAUGGAAUAAUGAUGGGAUUGUUCUUCAUAUAUGGUGCAUACUUGAGUGGGACUCAACUUGGAGGUCUAAUUACAGUAUUAUGCUACUUUUUCAACCAUGGAGAGGCUACUCGGGUGAUGUGGACACCACCUCUCCGGGAAAGUUUUUCGUAUCCAUUUCUUGUACUUCAGAUGUACAUCUUAACUGUGAUUCUCAGGACCUCGAACAAUAGUAAAAAGCAUUUUAUUGCACUCUGCCUUUCCAACGUUGCUUUUAUGCUUCCCUGGCAAUUUGCUCAGUUUAUACUUUUUACACAGAUCGCCUCAUUAUUUCCCAUGUAUGUUGUGGGGUACAUUGAGCCAAAAAAAUUUCAGAAGAUCAUCUAUAUGAACAUGGUUUCGGUUCUCCUUUGUUUUGUGUUGAUGUUUGGAAAUCCAAUGUAUUUAUCUUCUUAUUAUUCUUCGUCUCUAUUGAUGACAUUGGUGAUAAUUCUAAAGAGAAAUAAAAUUCAAAGAUUGGGUGCAUCUGGACUCCACUUUUGGAUAAUUCAAGGUAGUGCUUGGUUUUGUGGGACAAUCAUUUUGAAAUUUCUGACAUCUAAAAUUUUAGGUGUUUCAGACCAUAUUCGCCUGAGUGACCUUAUUGCAGCCAGAAUCUUAAGAUAUACAGAUUUUGAUACUUUACUUUACACCUGUGCUCCUGAAUUUGACUUCAUGGAAAAAGCGACACCACUGAGAUACACAGAGACAUUGUUGCUUCCAAUCGUUAUGGUGAUUACUUAUUUUAUCUUUAAAAAGGCUUUUCGUGAUAUUUUAUGUGUCUUAUCUGCAAACACUUAUCUGAGAAGACAGCUCCUUGAACAUGGUGAGCUAAUUUUUCACACAUUGCAGUUGUUUGCAUUUUCUUCCCUUGCCAUUUUAAUUAUGAGGCUGAAGCUCUUUUUGACACCUCACAUGUGUGUUAUGGCUUCCCUGAUAUGCUCUCGGCGGCUCUUUGGCUGGCUUUUUUGGAGAGUUCGUUUUGAGAAUGUUAUCUUUGGCAUUCUAACAGUGAUGUCAAUACAAGGUUGUGCAAACCUCCAUAAUCAAUGGAGCAUAAUAGGAGAAUUUAAUAAUUUGCCCCAGGAAGAACUGAUACAGUGGAUCCAAUACAAUACCAGACCGGAUGCUGUUUUUGCAGGUGCCAUGCCUACAAUGGCAAGUGUCAAGCUCUCCACUCUUCACCCCAUUGUGAAUCACCCACAUUAUGAGGAUGCAGACUUGAGAGCUCGGACAAAAAUAGUUUAUUCUGCAUAUAGUCGAAAAUCUGCAAAAGAAGUGAGAGAUAAGUUGGUGGAGUUACAUGUGAAUUACUACAUUUUAGAAGAGGCGUGGUGUGUUGUAAGAACUAAGCCUGGUUGCAGUAUGCUUGAAAUUUGGGAUGUGGAAGACCCUUCCAACUCAGCUAACCCUCCCUUAUGUAGCGUCUUGCUCAAGGAUGAGAGGCCGUACUUCACCACAGUGUUUCAGAAUAGUAUGUACAGAGUGUUAAAGGUUAACUGGGAAUGAGACUACCCUUUACACUGUGGUGCAUAAAAAACAAUCACUUUAGUUUAUUUACAUUAAUAAAAAUCACAAGCUUUAAUAAGGGACCCUUAAAAAGAAGAUAAUAAAAAUGCUUUAAAUUUUUCUAAUUGCUAAAAGGUAAAUUAUUUCAUUGUUUUCCAUUGAAUGUCAGCCUUAUUAAGCUUGUCAUAUAAAUGAGUAAAUCAUCUUAAAGCUUUAAAGAAGAAAAAUAUAUGUAAAAGAACAGCGAAAUUUAAUAAAUCAAGGAUAUGUAAGUCCUUUUGUAUCCCACUAGGUGAAUUGCUUCGGAUUCUCUCUAGUUCCAGGAUGUACCAGCUCAGAA